UAACCAACAAAAAGAUUAGUUUCCCGCUAUUUUGUUUAUUGUUUGUUUUUUAACUAACAAUUUCAACGAUAUUUUUUGAAAGAAAAUUAAAAAGUCUUGAUUUUACGAAAAAAAUAGCUUAAAAUGAAGCCACAGAAGAAAGUAAUAAUCACAAUAGCUUCCCAGAAUCAAGAAAAUAUUAGAGAGAGUAGACGGACAUUUAAAGACCUGCAAAGAGAUGCUUGUGAUAAAGAAAAUCUUAUAGGAAGGCAAAGUCAGAAAGACUCUACAAGUGAUUCUGGAAAGUUGGAACCAGUAAAAAAGAGGCGCCAGAUGUCAGAUAAGAGUGUGCAAGUAGGAGAAGCACCUAUAACUGCUGAGGACUUAACAUCUGAAGAAGCUUCUACUGAUUAUUGGAAGAAACUAGCUGAAACUAGAGCAAAAUCUUUAGAUGACAGUUUACAUGAAAUUGAAAAAUUAAAGGAUGAUAUAUCUACAUUAAAAGAAGAGAAUAGGAUUUGCAAAGAAAUGUUGGAAGAAUCAAAGAACUUGGUGGAAGUAUUACAGGAAAUGCUUAGUGAACAAGACGAUCCAAAUGUUCCAGAUGAGUAACAUAUUUUUAAUUAAAUUGUAUAAUAUAUAUAAUUUAGUUUAACUAAUAACUACUUAGUUACCUACACUAUUAGUAUAGUUUUAAUUUAACCAGUAUGACUGCAUCACUUUCGAAUGAUCUAAUAUUUGAAGUUUACUGUAAGUAUCUAAGUAUAAGCGAAUUAUUAAGUCUAGUUUUGUAUUAUUAUGUAAUCUAAAAUGUAUUUUUGUACUUUAAUAAACACUACAUGGCAUGGAGU